CAAAAGUAAUGGCUACCGUCUUCAGUUUUCGAUUAAUGUUUUCCGCGGAGAUCCCGGAUCCCCGUGUCUCCCGCGGCAUUUAAUAACGCGAGAUCGGCCCGCGCGACGCCCCCGCGUCGGCCGCGAUGCGCGCGGUAUCCGUGCACCAGCUGUUCCGACUGCCUUAGUGUCAUCUUGGUCGAAAAAUGCCUGUGUUUACAUCCAAGAUACAACCGAGCCUCUGCGUUCCUGUCACAUUCAGCGUAUGGUCCACGGUCCUCAAAUAGCCGAAUCGAGAACUAGACUUGGUAAGAACAAGCCCGUGCGAGGACGAUAGCCAAUUGUACUCGGCAGAGUUUCCACUUGGCGUGCUCUCACAAGACUACCAAAACGUCGACCCCGUCGGUAAUCAAGUUAUCGGGGGGUGGAACAGCUGGCAGUGGGGAGCAAGUGUCCCCAGGGCCUGGCCCACCUCCCCCGGUGUCUCCACUAGCCGGUGACAAUCGCAGCAACGAGAACGCAUCAGCGGCGUCGGCAAACAACGAUGACGAAGCGAUGCAAGCUGUCGUUCCAGCGACGAUUGGAACGAGCAAAUCCGCGGAAAUGGAGGAGGAAUACGGGCAGGCCGCCGAAACCACCAUGAGCUUUGUGCUCAAGCUGGAUGUGGAUGUGGAGGCCACGACGGCAUCGGUGGUGGAAAACGUGACGAAGGGUGGCGAGGGACAACCGCCGACGUUGUUGUUCGCCCGGGAAAUCUGGCGGUCCCAGGAACCCAUUGCUAUCGCCACCGAUACCAAUAACACCUCGACGGGAAACGCUGUGAUGAUUGCGAGCAGCGACGACGUCGUCGGCAAGUCGCAGCUGUUGCAGUGUCUAGAAGCGGCGAGCAAUCAGAUACAGCAAACCACGGCCACUACUGCGUCUGCCCUCACGACGGUCAAGCCUGUAGUGACCUAUCCGGUCGCCAAAGGCGCCCGGGAACAGGUGCAGAAGAUGAUCGCCGGUUCGCAAACCAACACUACGCAGGUGUUGACGACGCGCGUCAUCUCGCAAAAGCUACCGUCGUCAUCGAGUCAGGCGCAACCCGUUCCGCUGGCCAUCCUCAACACCUCUCCUGUAUCCACUCAAUCUUCACUAGUAGCGAGCAACGUGCAGGCGUUGCAUCCCAAAUUUCAUCCCGUCUCUGUUCAACAGCACAUCGUAGGCACCGCCGCGGCCGUGAAAACUAUCGCUACGAUGGCGGCGACGAAUCUCCAAAGGAUACAGGUGAAAACGGGAUCCUCGAGUGUCAUAACCAGCCAGUCUGCGCAGAAGGGAAAGACCGUAAUGAACACCAAUCAGACUACUCAGUCUGGAGGCGCGCAACGUAACAACUCCUUAUCCAGAGCCCAGAACAUGCAAAAGUCGCAGAUGUUGACUAAUCAGAUGAAUCAAUUGACGGUCAACAAUCAAACGAUCGCGAAUUCCCAAAAGAUUCAGCAGACUAAUCCGGUGAUACAAAAGACGGCGCAAAGUGUCAACGCGCAAAAAUCUGUCUGUAACAAUCAGGUUUCAUCGCAGCUGUUGAGCAGUGGCCAUCAUCCGAAUCAUAAGGUACAGCAGCAACAAAAUUUGCAGAAAUUACAGGGACCCCAGAAGACCCUGGCGAUGACCAGGCAGCAGCAAUUGACCGUGCAACAGGUAAACAAUGUCCCAAAGUCUAGCGGUCCCGGUCUACAAAAGAUUCAGACGCAGCAGCAACAACCUACAGCGAAUCAACAACAGGUGCAGGCGCCUCAUCAGAGAUCUCAAUCGACUGGCUUGCAAAAAUCCCAGACGAUACUAAACACUAAUCGAAUACCGACCACGAUGAGUAACGUCUGUAAGAGUAACAGCGUCCCAAAUAUUUCUAAAGUGCCACCGCAAAAUUCGAACGUGCUUGGUAAUAAGCAGUCCACGUCGACGCAGUUGCAGCAGCAAAUUGUACAAACCUCGCAGCAACAAUCCAUAAUGCAAAAGUCGCAACAACCGACAAACGCAAAUAAUCUACAGGCUCAAAGAAGUCACAGUAUUACUAAUAUGCAUCAGAAAGUGGUGGCGAGCAUGUCGAAUAAUCAAAGGACUCAUGCUGUGAUAAAUUCCAAGAUUCAACAGCAGCAACAGCCGUUGCAGCAGAUGAUGAUGAGGGUAGGGAUAUCGAAGGGUCAGGCGCCGCAAGCUUCGCAAUCUACGGCAGGCCUAAAGAGCGUCUCUCAGAAAAUGAUGAAUCCUGUUAAAGUUACUGCAAAUUCGCAAAAUAACGCCGUUCAACAGCCCGUAGUACAGAGAAAUAGCCCGACUAUGAAUAUCCCAACCAUGAAGAUUCUGGCACAACAGAGGGAGCAACAGCUGCUACAACAACGACAGCAGCAACAACAGCAACAGCAACAACACCAAAAUGUAAUUAAUCCGCAGAACGCUCCGCAGAAGCAACCUGGCUGCAUCAAGACUAUUCCACCGCAGAAGCCUGUGCAGAGGAAUCACGCCCAGAAAGUUGGCGGCAGCGGUAUUAAAACCUCGUUGAACACGAACGUGACAGCGUUGCCGAAGGCUCAGGGCUCGACCGCGAUACAAAUUGCGCAAAAAGGAUGUAUCAAGACCUUAUUGCAGCAAACAGCUACGGUCGCAUCGUCCAACGUACUGGCCGCGCACAAGAGCUCUCCGAUCAAGAUCCAACCACAAGUGAUGCAGCAAAAGCAACUAAUCAUGACACCGCAAUAUACCCAACAGAUCAGGCAACAGAGCGGGCAAAUAAAGACCUUGUUGCCGGUAUCCUCGACCAUGACCGAAAACCUUCGUAAGGACCUCAUUGAAAUAAAAAAUGAAACCGAGUUACGAAUUUCCAAAGAAGAGGAACAAAGCGCCCGUAAAUCGCCAGUGAGAAGAAUGCCACUUCCUUACGAGUGUCUUCAGUUUGUUCUCCAAGAUCACAAUUAUGGAGCCCCACCACCGCGAACUCCGCCACCACCUCCGUCAUCGCCGCCUCAUCCCAAGCAGCAACCCAUUAACGGAGCCGGCAGUUCCACAGCCACCUCUCAGCAUCCUUACAUCUUUGGUCCCGUUGUGAGCAAUACCAAUACAGAGGAUGACGCCGCCAGCACAAUCAGCAGCGAAGCGGGACGAGAAGCGGAACCGGAGGGUGAAGAAACCGAAACGGCACCUGAAGGGGAAGGCGACGACGAAGACAGCGUCACUAGAUGUAUCUGCGACUUUGAACAUGACGAUGGAUACAUGAUUUGUUGCGAUCGAUGCUUAGUCUGGCAGCAUGUCGACUGCAUGGGCAUAGACCGCUCGAACAUUCCUGACGAGUAUCUCUGCGAGAGGUGUCGGCCGCGACGAGUGGACAGACAGCGAGCUCGCACUCUGCAAAUGCGCAAGCGCGAGGAGCUGCUCAAUUCGGACACGUCGUCCGAUACAUCGUCCACCAGUUCAGCGGACACGGACGUUGGCUCGGUGAACGCCACGGUCCAGAAGAAACGAUCGCUCUCGCAGCAGCAGCAGCAGCCAUCGUCGCAGAUCCCGCGACGCGGCAAGUCUGACGCGCCCGCUCAAUCCGCGCAGGUGCGAAGGCUGAACAACAACAACAACAAUAACAACAACGUGGCGAAGAGACAGAGAAGGGACUCGCAUGCUCGGCAAUCGAGCGCGGUUCGCAAGAAGGAGAACGCGACGCCGAAGCGAGGACCCGGGAAACGCAAAGCCAAGAGGAGGAUGAGUCUCGAGGACAAGGAGGAGGACGUGCAAGAUGCCUGGGGCAGCAACAUGGCGCCUCUCAGGCAGUGGAUCGAGAGAUACGAGGAGGCCGUCACGAAUCAUUACAGUCCCGAAUUACGUGCCAGGAUAUCGAGCAUCAAGGUCAACGGCACGCAUAGCGAUCUCAGGCAGACUAACAUGAAUGUCAUAGCCACCGGCAAAUGCAGGCUGAACGUGCACAGUAAUAAUCUCAGAUUCCUGGUGGCGACCAUGUACCUUCCGCCAAACACCCCCGUCGUGGAACUACGCGGCAAGUACAUGCUCAGUACGCAGCAUCGGUCGCAGCAUCCGCAGGGUGGUAGACAGCACGCCCAGCGACCGGGGCCGUUCGUCUUCUUUUAUCGUUUGCCACGAGACGGCACCGAGGUGUGCGUGGACACGCGAACGUACGGGAACGACGCGAGGUUCGUGCGGCGCAGUUGCAAGCCGAACGCCGAGGUGAAGCAUUGCAUCGAGAAGGGCACGCUGCACCUCUACAUCGUCACGACCUGUGCGAUCGAGAAGAACGCCGAAAUAACAAUCAAGCAUGAGCAGCACGACCUAUUGCUAUCGCCCAAUCCCGGCUCCUCUCCCGCGUUGCCCGUCGUGUGCGCGUGUAACAAUCCGCGGGAGUGUCAGAUCGCCAACGCGACGAAUCAGCAACUGAACAGAAGAGGUAGUAACGGCGCUCUCAUCGAAAAUGCCGAUGGCAGAGAACGAAGGCGACGAGGUAGAAGAAACACCGUCUGCGAGGAAACUGAUCCCCCGGCGCCGCCAGUUCCUACGAGCAUCGCGCAACAAGUCACUUCGACCGCGACGUCAUCCGCACCGUCGACGGUGACGGUCACGACGCCGAGAAAAACCGUCACGACCACGGUUACCGUUUCCACGACUCGUCAAGUCCCCAAGGAAGAACCUACCGCGACUGUAACGAACGUACAGCCUCAAUCAUCACCCGGUUUAAGGGAAUCGGUGGCGACACCGGAAACGAAAAAGGAUAAAAAGAAGAUGACACGGGAGGAGAGGAAGAUGGAGGCUAUCAUGAAGGCCAUUGAGAGGAUGGAAAAGGCGGAACAGAGGCGGCAGGAGGUCCAAGCGAGAAACGCGCAACGAAAGGAGUCUAGUGGCACCCACAGCGACAAUGAGGAUAAUAAUCCGACGACGGGACAGUCGUCCAAGAGUGGUAAACAGGCAAGCUCGGAUAGACCGUUGCGGCGGAAGAGGAGAAAAGGUCGGGCGAGGACGACGAGCACGUCUCAAUCGCAGAAUGCUAACAAUCGAAGAACAAGGUUGAAUUCGGCCGAGUCCGACGUAUCUUCCGGAGACGAAAGCAAUUCCAUGCAAUCGCCGCCUCUGCUGGGUCGCCCACCCAGCCGGGAAGUUCCCUAUUCGUCGCACUUACACACACCGGCCAAGAACACAGUCGCGAUCGGAGACAGUGCGAGCAACAUCGGACCGUCAUCUGGUGGCCAUCACAGUGGAAUUCCAACAGCGGCCGGUUUACUAUUGGCCCUAGCAAACUCCAACGUUCCAGGUCCUCCGAGCUCGCCCCCUCUGCAACAGCCCACCCCCGUCAAAAGCCCUACCUGCGACAGCGGGGCCAGCAGUAGCUCUCAAAGCUCCACGCCAUCCACCCCGCUAUCAUCCGCCUGCUUGCUGGUGGCUGCAGCGGUUGGUCCACUGGCGCCAGGCUUCAAGUUCCCCAAAACGAAGAAGGUACUGAUGAACGAGUGGCUGAAGGAGUCGCCCGAUCCGCCGCCGGCCAACGUACCCCAGGUAUCACCGCUGCCGGCUCUACCUUCAGCUCCGACCUUGCCGAAUUCCGUGAACCAUCCGCUGUGCGGCAGACACUUCCCACCGCUACCGACAGAUCCAACAGCGGAAUUUCUCUCGCAGAGCUACGCGGCCAAGAGCCUGGCCACUCUCGUGCAAGCCGCCAACUCGGUUAGCGGUAUAUGCGACUCUCCACCGCAGCGUAGACAGCAGCAGCAGGGCGCUUCCACUCCCUGCAACAACAACAACAACGGUGGAAGCAGCGGUGGUUGUCCCACGGGCUCGGCAAAGAAACGGUGGCUGCGUCAGGCAAUCUCGGAGGAGUGCGACUCCCCUAACAGCCGGCCCGAAAGUCCCCCAUCGCUCAGCGAGACGGUAGCUCCGCCCAAGAAGCGCAGAAUAGCCCGGGAGAGUCUGUCGUCGGAGAACUACACUCCACCGACAACCCCAACUAUGCUGCUACCAACCGAGGCGGCGUCAAACAACAGAUCGUUAUGUCCCACUGAAGAUGACUAUGCGGAACGUGCGCAGUCACCUUUCGUAGAACAGAACGACGAGGGGCAGUACGAGUCGGAAUCUGUGAAAGAAGAGAUGAACGUUGACGGCAGACCGGUAGAUUCCGACGAGUCGGUCGUUCGGAAGAAGAUAUCAGUCGACACCUUUUCCCAAUCGGAUUUUUUCGUGACAUGUAAUGAAGAGAAAUGCUCGGAUUUCUCGGAUAUCAAGGCGAAAAUUUCCCCGGUAAUGAGCGCGGAAAGUGCCACGAUAAAGGAGGAAAAGGUUUUCCCAAAAUGGGAGAAAGGUGAUAUAAAGACCGAAUGUAACUACAGCUCCCUGGACCCGAAGAUAUUCGCAAAGAUUCAGAAGGUCGUGGAAAGUGGAGUGUCGUUUAGUGACUUGAAUCUGAAGAAAGAGCCCUUCUUGAAGAAGGAGGAACAAGGAACGGUCGAGAUAAUCCAUCACAAUAUAUCGCACACCGAGAUAGAAGGAUAUCCCUCUCCCAUGGAACCCGAUGAGAUUCUGGAGCAACGAGUGGCCGAGUUGCAGCUGGAAUUUGGCGGCAUCGACGAAAUCUCGUUGAACGUUGCCAGCGACGAAAAUAAGAAAUCUGAAGAUAAGUCGUCCGAAAGCGUCGCAAAGUGUCAGGAGAUCGUCGUCGAGAAAUCGGACGAUAACGCGUCCAUCGACGAGUUUGACGUCGAGGCGCAGAUGAAGAAGAUCACGGGCGACGACGGCAACGAUUACCAAGAAAAGAUCGACACGAGUUCGGAGAAGGACAAGAGCAUGGAUGGAAUAGAGGGAUUGAUGGAAAGCUCGAAGGAGGACUCGGAUUCGGAAGACAAGGACAUGGACGACGAUGAGUCCUUCAAGCUGUUCGACAUGAAACACGAAGAGGCGCCUUUCAACGAACUGGACGCUAAGCCUGAUGAGAAAUCAGAGCAGGUCUCCCUUAUGGAAGACGACGUGAAGGAGACGAUCAAGGGAGACGCGAGCGAUGAGGCUCCCAAAACGGAGUCGUCCACUUUCACGGCUUUGUCUGAGGAGUCUAUCUUCGAGUCGACUUCGUCGAACGCAGAGUCCGUCUUGGAUCCUCCCAAGAUCUUCCAUUCGAUUCCACCUUUGAGCGAGCGCAUUCGCAAGAAGGCUGAUCCAGCCGCGCCCAAGGCACCCAAGAUGGACUUUGAGGCGGCCAUCAUAGAGUCCACGAUAACCAUGGACACGGUGGAAGAGUCGACGAACGGCGAGGAGAAAUCGAUGCUGUCGACCGCGUUGCGCGAGCUCCUGGAAGCGAAGCUGGACGACGAGCCUGAAGUAAUAAAAAAUGACAUUGAUAACGAGAUUAGCGCAUCGUCGCAAGUAACUCAACCAAAAUCAGACAUCUCUCCUGAACAUAGUCUAGACGUGGUACAAGACUCGAGUACAGCCCAAGAAGCUCCGAAGCCGGAAGAGACUCCUGUCAAGGAGGAGGAGACCAAACCCAAGGAAAUCAAACGAUUGAAAGACCCGAGAACCGUCGUACCAAAUAACAUGCCUGCACCACCGGCCUUUAAACCGGACGCUCUUCCUCCCGUCAAGCGCAAGGUUAGAACGUUGUCCAUAUCGGAAUAUCGCAAACGCAAACAACAAUCGUCCGGAGGAGCUGGAGCUGAGCCAGAAUCGUCCAAGGAUGAUUCCAUCUCUGAUAAAAAUGGGGCGCGAGGUAGAUCGGAUAGCACCAGCAGCGGCACCUCUUCGCUCAGCUCCGACGAGGAGGGCUCCAAGGCAUCUGCUACCCUGGAUUUAUCAGGCGUUACCACAUUGACGCUCUUCCCGAACGCCACCAACGAGAACGAUGAAAAGAAAGGUGGGGAGGAGGGUACGAUCGGUUGGUCCGCGGCGCCAACUCUGGUAGAACGUCAGCGAGAAAAUCUCACCGAGCGACUAAAACGCGAAUUCGGAUUGUUUCUCAGUGACGACGAAGAGGAGAGAGCUCGUAAGCACGGUUUGACAGCCGAGGCGAUACUGAAGGCGCACAAAUCCCCGCCUCAGAAUCUGGUCGCCAACACGCCGCCAGGGUAUCCCGGACUUCAGCAGCUGCCACCUCAGCCGUACAUCCCGCCACCCGGCUCCGCGUCCAUUCACUAUCCCCAGUUCCAGAGUAAACCCGCUCCGGUGCAAUAUCCGAACUUUGCGAUGCCCCCGCAGACCACCUCCAGUACUCAGCAGCCGAUGUACGGCCCUGCCGUGCCAUCGCAGGCGGGUGGAGCCGCCAGCAAGCAAGUGCAACAGCAAUUCCUGGUACCUCAAGCGUCCCAAGCGCCACCGGGUUCCAACCCGUAUCCUCCGCCUCAAUUUGUACCACCACCACCGCCACCAGCGGUAGUAGCAACGGCAGCAACGGUGGCUACGGCAUCAGCGUCGACGACGCCACCGCCACCGGCCAACCAAGCGUACCCCCCCACGUCGUCGGGACAGCCGCAAAAGCCAUUUUUCAAUCACCCAGCACCGCCGAGAUCGUAACCGGUAGAGGAGGGUAGGAUUGUCGCAAAUUCUCGAGUUCCAAAUUGAUAUCAUUUUACAUGUUCUCGAUCGGGAACGAAGUCCCUAAGCGAUUGGACCCUCGUGCACGGUCUUUUUCCUUCUCGCAAGGAAGAAAUACGAGCUCUAGCUGAACCCGGAAGUUCGUGCGCGUCCUUCUCUUGUUGCAAAAUGAUGGAUACAGGCGCGUGUAUGUAGGUUCGCUAAAUAAUUAGGAGGAGAAGCCUUGGAGCUUAGUGUGUAUCAUCGAUCGCUUCUAGAAUCGUUGCGCGGAUAUCGAAAGGAUUUAAUCAGUAGACGUUCAUCUGACGGUUCCUCUCUCAAAAUAUUCGGGACGGGACUCGCGCGGUGAUGGCCUAAGGCUGAGUAUUUCGAGGAUAUGUAGCGGCGCAUUUCAACUAGCGUGUAUCUAGAAUAAUCCGGCGACUCUCUUUCACGGCCAAAAGUGUAUACUCGAAUGGCGUACACUUUUUAUACCGGCGAAAUGCGGUGCCCUAAAAUGUUUAUAUAUAGUCAUGUAGUUUACACGUACACACACACACACACACACUCAAUUUUGAUAAGAUUAAAGUUGGAGGCGUUUGCGAGUGAGAUUGACACUUUGGCUCGCGCGAUAUAUCCCUUCUAAAAGCAGUUAUCAUUACAAUGUGCACACUCUGUAUCAUUCAACUUAUCUCUGUGUGUGUAUAUAUACAUAGAUACAUGUGUGUGUGUGUAUCUAUAUAAAUAAAAUGCAUAAUACUAACGAUAUACGAAGUUAUAUAUAUAUAUUUAACGAUGCUAUUUAGACUAGUCUGUAGGAAACGCGAUUAUUCUCCUAAUCUCAACACAAACUUAUUCUAACGAUAGAUAAGCGAGAUGGUACUACAUCGUGAAGUUUUUUGAUGAUGCAGAGCCAAAAAAAGGGGGGGGGGAGAGCGUGGAAUUUUCUAUAUUUUAUAUUUCACUGUAAAUGAUAGAUUAUUUAUAAUAAAGAAUAAAUGUUGAAAUAUGUAAGCUUUAGUUCGAUUUUGGAAAUUUCGUUUCGUUUAUUUUUUCACAAGGUAGAACGGUUAUACGAUACGAGCAACGUUUUUUUGCUUUUAAAGUUAAUAUUUUAUUUAAAUGCGUUAUUUACCCUUGAAUCUAUAUUAAUGUUUAAAGAAGAUGUGCGUACUAUUUACACGAUAUUGAAUUACAUGUACUAUUGUUUUCGUCAUUUAAACGAUAUGUGGAAUAUAUUUUUUAGUUGUACGAAAAAAAGAAAGCGAGAGAAAUCGAGCGAUAAUAUAAUAUUUUAUUUAUGAAUUCGUUUCUUCUUUUAAGUCAAUCUCCCGAAACUUUAUUCGUUCUUCAUUCAACACUCAUUCAAGUACAAAAUUUACUAAGCGGUAAAGAAGAGAAGAGUGCAUCAAAACAAAAGAGAGCCUAGAGAGAGAUAAAUUAAUUAAAUCAAUUAAAUGCAAAGAGAGAAAGAGAGAGAACAUCGGGCUAUUUUAUUAACGAGAAAAAUUCUUCUUAUUUCAUCUACGAAACACGAUUUUUAGUCGAUGAAAAUGUGCGUGUAUUCUUUCCUCUUUGCGUUUUAAAAAUUGUGGGCAGCGCAUUACGACCCGAUAUCGUAAAUAUUUGCAACUCGACUUGAUCACAAACAGCGAGAAGCGAUCGCUCUCGAACUUGAAACUAUUAUAUAUAUAGUCUUCUAGAGUUUCAACGUCGAUCCAGUGUAAUUAAAAUUAUACAUAUCCAGAAAACAUCAAAUAACAUUUAUAUAAUUGUCAGUUGUAGUUUAAUAUAAUUAAUCAU